AUGAGUAGUAUAGUUAUCUCGUGUAACGAGAGUAUCGAAGAAGAUGGGUUCUGGAAAGCACUAGAUGAUUUAGAUAAUACUUCAUUUGCAAGCAAUUUCAAAUGGAAUUCCUCAUCCAAUGAUUCUUUACAAUUAAACAGCCCUUCCUUAGGUGAGGAAGAGACAUUGGAUCCAAAAUAUUCAUCAAUAAGAAAUUGUGACAAGAAUGGUAAUGAUUGCUUUACUUUCGAAAAUAGAGUGCGUUCCCCUGACCCGGUUCACGUCUCUCAGCUAUCCUUUCCAUCUCUAGGAAAUUCAAAGUCAUCGUUCGGCUCCAAAAAUAUGAAAGGCAGCUAUAUUUUGCUUUCAUCGCCUGGAUUGAGAAACAAAACAAGUUUACUAAAUCAAAAGACGUAUGGUGACGCUGACAAUGACGAGACAUCUUCGGGAAACUACAACUCAAUCUCUUCAGUGCCUAAUUCUCAACAAAACUCAUCCAGUACCAAGAGAAUGACAUUUGCGUCAUUGAUUAGUAGUCCACCAUUGACACCAGUAAUGUCAUCGACAUCUUCCGAUGACAAAAAUAAAAAUGACACUGUCACAGGAUUGCAACUUUUAGAAGAGGACUCUUCCACCAAAGCAGAAAACCAAUAUUCGGAAGAGGCCAUGGUUUACAAGGUUCCUUCUGCUAUUAGUGGUCCAUUUGUGUCAGGAGGGCAAAAUCAUGGAAUUAAAAGGGUGUUUACCACCUUUGUUCACUCGAUGAAAAAUAAAUCAACUUCAAGUAAAGAUCUUGAAUCGAAAAACAAAGUCAUUGAUUUGGUACGUUCCCUCAUCCGGAAGCCAACAAUAAAAAUUUCAAAGCCAUAUGAUAUGAAACAUCCUACGCAUGUUUAUUAUGAUCCGAAUAAAGACGAGUUUGUAAAUCUUCCUAAGGAAUGGGAAACUGUUUUGAAAUCAAGUGGUAUCGAAUUGUAUCAACAGGAUACCGAUAUACAAGCAAUACUGGAUAUCGUUCAAUUUUAUCAAGAUACCCAAGAAAACAAAUCCGAACCUAAGAUAAUGGCAACUUUUAAAGUCGAUAGUAUCCCAGAUUCAAACCAAUCAUAUUCAUCCUCUGAACCCUAUUUCUCUACUAUUAUGACAUGUCCAGGCUCCCCAGAAAACAGAGAUGAUGACAAUAUCAGUGCCUCUAAUAAUUUUCUAAAACCUUCAAGACCAGCACCGGCACCACCUGCGAGACCACCAAAUCCAACUGAGAAUAGCUCUCAAUUAUCUCCCAAUAUGAAUAAUUCCAUUGAAGAUGUUAAAUCUUCUCAAGAGAAAUCUAUCCAAAGGACUCCAAAGAGACCAGAAGAUAUUUUCCAAACAAAAAUAUAUGAAAAGUUAUGCUUAACUUGUAGCCUUAGAAACCCCAAUGAGAGAUAUCGUAAAUUAAAGAGAAUCGGAGAGGGAGCUUCAGGUAUCGUUUAUACUGCAUAUGAAAUUGGAACAGAUAUUUCCGUUGCCAUAAAGCAAAUUGAUUUGAAAAUACAACCUAGACUACAAAUGAUUUGGACAGAAAUGUUAGUACUAAAGGAAUAUCAACAUCCAAAUAUUAUCAAUUUCAUCAAUUCCUAUUUACUACAUGAUACCUUAUGGAUUGUCAUGGAAUAUAUGGAUGGUGGGUCGUUAGCCGAUAUCGUUUCAUUUUUCACUCCGACAGAGGAACAAAUGGCUACCAUUUGCAGAGAGACAUUAUUUGGUUUAAAUUUCUUACAUUCCAGAGGUAUAGUCCAUAGGGACAUUAAAUCAGAUAAUAUAUUAUUAUCAAUGAAUGGUGAUAUUAAAAUUACUGAUUUUGGGUUCUGUGGCCAACUGACUGAAUCAAACACUAAGAGAACUACUAUGGUUGGGACUCCAUAUUGGAUGGCACCUGAAGUUAUUGCCAGUAAGGAAUAUGGUCCAAAAGUGGAUGUUUGGUCUUUAGGUAUUAUGAUUAUAGAGAUGAUCGAGGGAGAACCACCAUAUUUACAUGAGACACCUGUAAGGGCAUUAUAUUUGAUUACUACAAACGGGAAGCCAAUUUUAAAAGAACCAGAAAAAGUGGGACCUGUUCUUAAAAACUUUAUGGAUGAGUGCUUAAGAGUAGACCCUGAAGCAAGGUUAUCAACCCCUCAACUUUUAAAGCAUGAGUUCAUUUUGGAAAAAGCCGAACGUACAGAAAGUUUGGCACAAUUAGUUAGUAUGACUUAUUUCAAAAAACUUAGGUGCAAAUCAUAG